AGUAUUUUUGAUAAAUAUUUAUAUUCUUUUGUAAUUUGUGAGUUUGUAGUUUGAAUUUCUUGCGAAAGUUAUGUUUUGUUUUGUUAUUUAUUUUUUUAAUCCGGUAACUUACUGAGUUACAAACCAAUAAAUACAAAAUGUUAUCCUUCUUAAAAAAUAGUAGGCGGCUUUUGAAUCAAUCUGAAAAACUCUGUCUUAUUCUCGGGAAUGAAAGUUGUGAUCUGGAUUCAGCUGUGUCAGCAUUAGCUCUUGCUUUCUUCUAUUCUAAGAUACAUCCACAAACAUGCAACUUCCUGCCUAUUCUCAAUAUUCCAAGAAAAAACUUUCCUAUUAAAACUGAAGUUCUUUACUAUUUGGAAAGAUUUAAUAUUCGAGAUGAAAUAUUGGUGUUCAAAGAUGACACAACUAAUGAUUUCAUUCAAAAGAACUCUGUUAUUUUAGUGGAUCAUCAUGUCUCGCCUUAUAGAGAUUCAGUUAUAGAAGUAUUCGAUCACCGUCCUUUUGACAAAGCAUGUGGACUACCCAAAUCCUGCAAAACAACUAUUGAAGAGGUUGGCUCAUGUGCCACUCUUAUCGGUAACUUAAUAAUGCGAUCGACAUGUUUGAACUCGGAAUUUAACUUACCAUUGCAAUUAUUGUAUGGCGCUAUUGUUAUGGACACUGUUAACUUUUCGCCUGAAGCUUGUAGGAAAACUGAGAUGGACUCGGAAGUUGCAGCUAAAAUAGAAGAUUUUCUAGGAAUAACGAAUCGCGUAGAACAACGAGAAACUUUGUUUUUGGAGUUAAUUAAAGCGCGUGAAGAUGUUAGCUCAUUAACAGCCAUGCAGUUACUAUAUAAAGACUUAAAAUUGGUCUCGAACUCAGUUGGCAGUAUCAUUGUGGGAAUUCCGGGCUAUCCAAUUUCAGUGCAGGAGUUUUUAAAACGAACUAAUGCCAAGCAGUCGAUAGAAAUAUUUGCCAAAGAAAAUAAUUGUUCUGUGAUUCUCUUAAUUGGUAUGAAAAUAUCAAAUAAAUCGAUGGUAUCGAGAGAUAUUGGGUUGGUGAACAUAAAUAACGAUGGGCUUUUUGAAGAAAUAUUAGACAAAAUUAAAAGUCAUGAUAAUCCGAAUUUACACCUAAGAGAAAUCGAAAACUUGAAUUUUCGUGGUGGUAGGUUCUUUCAACAAGAAAAUAUUAAGCCAACAAGAAAACAAAUUCUUCCUAUUGUAAAGGAUAUUUUGAAUAAAAUUUAACAAUAUAAAUUGCAAAUGACAUAAUAUAUAUAAAUAAAAUAAAAAUAAUACAAAAAUAUUCUGGAUUCCAUUUUUAGAAUUCAAAAUACUUAUGGACUUUUUAAGUGAACCUUAUAAUCAACCUUUUAAAGCUUUUAUUAAAACAGAAGGUGUUUAAAAUGUUCAGACAUGUAAUCUUCUACAUAAUUGGUUAUAUUCAAUCCAAAGCAUUUUUAUCGGCUAAGUCCUUUUUAAGUUAAAUGCUAUUUUAAAAAUCAAAUUAAUUUAAUCAUGUGAUGUGUCAGAAAAAAUAAUUUGAUUAAUUUUGUUUGUAUACAGUGUGUAACACAAAAAACCUUAAAUAAAGAUCUUGAUAUAUAUAUUUACAGUUGUAUUCAAAAAAUAGGAGUGCCUGUUCUUUUUAGCUUAAAUCGUGACUCAAAAGUUUUAUAAUUUUUUUAAAUUUCUUUUUUCUUUUGUACAAAAUAGGUAAUCCAGUUUUUUAUUAUUAAGCUUAAAGACUACUUUGUUUAAAACAAAUAAGGUAGUAAAAACAUGAGUUUUAUCAAAAUAAGCCAAAACGAAUUGUUCAAAAUAAUAGGAGUAAACAAAAUAAAGUAUAAAAAACUUAAAAAAAAAAUAUUCAAUAUUAAGAUUUGUUUGUCAGUAUUUUGUGGAAAACUUUUUGUUUUUUAUAAUUGCUGCACAUCUGAGUGGCAUAGAGUUUACAAGGGCCUUACAACGCUCAACUUUAAUUUGGUUCCAUGUUCCCUCGACUGCGUCCCACAACAGCCUCGAAUUCAAGGGUCUUCGUCGAGAAACACCCUUUUUCACAUCUGCCCAUAAAUUUUCUAUGGGAUUGAGGUCUGGCGACUGAGCUGGCUAGUCCAUGACCUAAACCCCAUUGACCCGAAACCAUUCCUUGGCAGACUUACUGGUGUUUUUCGGGUCGUUGUCAUGUUGAAAUAACCAUUUAACCGGCAUAUUCCAACUCGCAUAAGGCAGCAUCACACUGAACGUUGUAUCCACAUGAACGCGCUGGUCCAUCGUGCCAAUGAUUUGAUGUAUGGGGCCAAAACCAGCAUAUGAGAAACUGCCCCAUGCCAUCACUUUAGCACCUCCAUGCUUUACCGUUUUAAUGGUGUACCGAGGCUUAAAAAAUGUACAAAAUAUUUGCCAUAUCUCUGCAGGCCAAUUAGCAUGGCUUCUUGCAAAUUUCAAACGAGCGGCUACAUGUUUUUUGGAGGCAUCGGCACUUUAUGUGGACUGCGAGCGGAAAGAUUGUGUUCCAACAAUCGCCUUCUUAUUGUUACGCUACUUACUGCUAGUCCUAGAUCUUCCUGGAUCAUCUCAGAGGACGCAAAAGGAUCCCUUCGGCUGUAGCGAACAAUACGACGAUCGUCAUUUUCACUCGUUUCUCCUUUUCGUCCCCGGGUUUCGACUUUUUUUCAUAUUUUACAGCAUUGGCGAUCAUUUGGUCAGAGCACCCCAACAUCAACUUUAUAUCCUUAUACGUUUUUCCUUCAUUUCGCAACUUUUUUAUGAUUUCCCGUUUUUCGUGCAGUGCUUUAAUCGGCCCACUAAAUAACCAAACUUGUUUAGAUAUUCGAUAUUGUAACUAUUUAAUAUUCCUAUUUUAAUUUAGUUACUUACUGUUUAUUUUUUUAAGUUUUUGAUUUUUUUUGUACGUACAAUAUAACUCAACUCCUAUUAUUUUGAAUAGCCUGAUUGAGAGUAAAGAUCAUUUGUUCUCUGGUUACAAAUGUAAACGGUUAUGAAUUGCAAACCAGUUCAUUGUUUUAUCAUCUUUAAUGUCCCGUUAUACUUACCGGUAGAGAAAUGGGCUGGUUACCAGUAUACACAUGGUAAAAAAAAACACUUGAGCAAAUUUUGUAAAAGCACUCCUAUUAUUUUGAACACAGCUGUAUAUAUUAAUUAAAUAAUUUACAUAUAUUUGUUAUGCUUAAGUUA